AUGUCCUGGCGGCCUGGGAGUUGGGCUCUGUCCUGGGCGCUGCUGCCCCUUCUCCUCGGCUUCCGGCUGCUGCAGACCCACUCUGUGAUUACUGAAGAGCAAAAUGACCUAGCCGACCGAAAAGUGAUGAACACUUACCUGCCUGCCACGGUGGAGUUCGCCUUGUACACUUUCAACCAGCAGAGCAAGGACGAGCAGGCCUACAGGCUGGAGCGCAUCCUGCGAUCCUGGAGGGACAAGACACAGUAUUAUGACAUCGUGUUCUCCAUGGAACUGUUGCUGCGCCGAACCACGUGUGGCAAACUGGAGGAAGACACGGAGAACUGCCCCUUUGAAGACCGCCCUGAGCAGAGCCGUAGCUUCACCUGCUUCUUCACUGUCCGCACUCUGCCCUGGAUGACCAAGUUUGACCUCUUCAACAAGACCUGCUCGGAGGCCUCCCCGGACACAGACUGA